ACGACAGACACAUUUGGACCUUCUAUGCCAAAGUUGAUGAUCAUUUUACUGCAUCACUACUUUCAUAUUUACCUUGAAGCAAUAACCUGCAUUUAAGCAACAAAGUCAAAAAUAUAAAGUUCUAAUCGAAGUCCAAAUCCACAACAGCGGAAACCAACCCGUGCACGAGCCACCAAAAUAGUCGCAUCCAUCGUCAUCCAAAACUUUCCGCCAACACCACACUUCACACGUCACACCCGCCCUCCAGCCCACUCAAUCGCUGUCGCACUCCAGAAACACCAUUUCCACGCACUUACAUACCUCCAACACCAUCGAAAUGGACGGUCUCGGCGGCGGCCUCGCAAACAUCGACGUAACCCGUCUCAGCGACGCGGACAAGCAGCAACUGCAGCAAUUCGCCGUCAACGAGGGCCAGAAGGCACGCAUCCAGUCGUCGAUCCACAGCCUCACAGACACGUGUUUCCGCAAGUGCAUCCCCGCGGGGACCGUCAAGAGCGGCAAGCUGGACAAGUACGAGGAGCCGUGCAUGCGGCAGUGCGUGGACCGGUUCUUGGACGCCAACCUGGUGGUGCUGAGGGAGUUGGAGCGCUUGAGGUCGUAGGCUCAUUGGAGCUGUAAGCGUAGGAACGAAGGAACAUGGGAGUCGGUCAUGGAGGGGACUGGGUUGUAUGAUAGCGCAGAAAUCGAG